UGUGUUUUUAAAUGUUAUAAAUCAUAUGAUUUUUGUUUAUAAUUAAUUUCUAGUGUUUAUUGUUUAAUAUAUAAUGUAAUAUUCAUUGAAAAUGACAAAUAAUUUUCAGUUUGAAUUCAAUAAAUAUAUAAAUCAAAAGCGAUUAUUGAAGAAAAUUUUCGACGAGACACUCAUCGCAUGCAAUGAAAUCGCUAUCAAUGACUACUUCACUAAAGACCAGUUCUCGGAGAUAUGGCUCAAAGAAGAAGACGAGAAGUUUAUCCGCGAGAUAAUCGAGACACCCAUUGGUAUCGUUGUGUUGGGAACAAAGUCUUGGGCCAAAGCUCUAGUGGUGAAUGAGCUCUUGAACUGUCCUCUCCUUCCCAUCGACACCACAGCGAAGUCCAAUCCAUGGCGUACUGUCCGCUGUCUAUACGGCACGCAAACAGUGGUGUCUUUAGCUGUCGACCACUGCUAUGAAUUGGUCGAGCAUUUGGCAGCCUAUGAUCAGGUCUGGCAUACAAUACCUCAAAGCGAUUUGCAGCUCAAAAAAGGCGACGCCAAAGCCAUCCGAGACCCGGGAUAUCAUUUGGCAACACUUGAGGUGAAACUACCGCACCCUCUGCUCAAAGAUGACGUCCAGAUAAUGGUCUCUCCGGGACUCAACGACUUCGAUGUCAUCUAUUCGUGUUGUUUCGAAAACAUCAAUCCAAUCGUUAUUUAUGCCAUCUCUGGCGAAGACGAAUGUCUCUCACCUCUCGAUGUCCAGCAAUUAAGUGAUCUCCGUCUCAAAGAACCAAAGAUUCCCAUAUUCUUCGUGCGGACGAAGGAAGUGGUGACACAACCGCUGACGCCUACCAUUAGUUACGCCGAGUUCUCGCCGUCGGAAUUGACUGAAUCACAACAGCACUGGUAUUACAGGCAACAGUCGGCUGCGAUCAGCUCAUCGGUCACUAACCAUAGCCCUCCCGACUCACCGCUAGUCCUUCCCUCGUCUUCAUUACCAAACACUCAUUUCGAGGCAUUUCAUCAAAACUCGUCAUCUCUGGCACUACACCAACAGUUAUAUAAUUUAGGAUAUCUUAUAGAAACCCGACAUCACAUGAGAGGACAGCUCACUAACGAAUCGGUGGCUAAAAAGUCUCGACGCGACUACUUCUUCGACGUCUCGUCAGAAUUUGUGGAUAAUUUCAAUAAAUUCUCGACAAUUUCGGUGUUCUUUCGAAAUAUCUUGCGUUCAAAUCUGGUGUCGGCGGCGACUCUACUCAACGAAUCACACAACCAUUGCCUCCGGAUGUUUAUACUGACGGCACACGACAUGACAUGGGAUUUGCAGAUCACUCCCAAACGCAUUGAAUACGUUAAGCAACGCGAAGCCGAACUCUUCUCGUCUCUGAUGGCGAUCGCCAACAAAAAGCAGGAAGAGAUCAAACAACUCAUUUCGGAGACAAUCGAUUUCAUGCGUUCAGAUAUACUGAAUCAGGCGGCGAACCACGAGUUCACGAAUCCUAUCAUUAAUUUCAAUAACAUCAGCGCCCGAGAGCUCCACAACUGUACGGACGAGAUUCAGGACUUAGUGCUAACUCUACUCAAUAGUGCGAUCGCAAAGAAAUUAGUCGGUUCUGUAGACUAUAUGCGCGACUCAUUUAUCGGAACUCUCGAGAGGUGUCUCACUUUGUUGGAGGCCUCGUGUCAGGAGGCGGGCGAUCCUCCCGAGGCGUCGGACGCACUCAAACAGAUACUGAACGCCGCCUACACUAUAGAG